AAAUCAUCUUCCAUGGCUUCAAUUGGCAAAAGGCUUGAAGGUAAAGUAGCAAUAAUCACAGGAGGUGCUAGUGGAAUUGGUGCAGCUACUGCUAAACUAUUUGUUCAACAUGGUGCUAAAGUUAUCAUUGCAGAUAUUCAAGAUGAAGUAGGUCAAUCCCUUUGCAAUGAACUUGGCCCAAAGAACAUUCUCUAUGUUCACUGCAAUGUAACCACUGAAUCAGACAUAAAAAAUGUGGUUGAUACCGCAGUUUCGAAUUAUGGUAAGCUUGACAUCAUGUUUAACAAUGCUGGUAUCUCUGAUGACAAAAAUAGAGAAAUAUUGAAUUAUGAUAGUGAAGCUUUCAAAAGGGUAUUUGAUGUAAAUGUUUAUGGAGCUUUCUUGGGUGCGAAGCAUGCUGCUAGGGUAAUGAUACCAAAUAAAAAAGGUGUUAUUCUUUUUACUGCAAGUGUUGCUACAGAAACUGCUGGUGAAUCAACACAUGCUUAUUCUUCUUCAAAGCAUGCAUUAGUGGGACUUAUGAAGAAUUUGUGUGUAGAGUUAGGACAAUAUGGGAUUAAAGUGAAUUGUAUCUCACCAGGAGCUAUAUCACGAGAUUAA